CACGGCAUUUGUCACAAUAUGUUAAUUGUUCGCUAUUUAAUCGCCCUGGUCUUCUCCAUUUUUAUGGUGGCCACAUCGCUGAAGAUCGAGGAGCGCUAUCGGAAGUGUGGCGGCUUCAAAAUAUCCACUCCGGAUCGGCUGGUCAUCCUGAUGAAGGAACGUGAGGAGCAGUGCCAAUCGCAACACCUGCAGCGGAGACGAUUACAAAUCUGAGAUGAAAAACGUGAUAAUGCGAAUCGUGAUAUAGGAGUCAGAGAACUACACAUUACCUGAGGAAAAAGCAGCCCAACGAUAUAUGGCCUCAGAGGCCAUCUAUAACUAAUUUUCUAAACCUUUUUUAGGUCAAGAUAAAGGUUUUUAAAAUAUAAAAAAAAUAAUUGAUUUUAUAAUAAU